UGUAUGUCAAUAACUCUUUAUAUGUAACAAUAUUUUCCAUAUUAAUUAAAUUUGGGUGUAUAUAUGCUUCCAUCGUAGAUAGCCACAUUGGUGUUUCGGUAUAGCGGUCAUGUUUAAUUUUGUUCCGUAUUAAUAACAGGGACUGUCUGAUAUAGUAUCUAUUGAAAUAUUUAUGCGCAGAUCCUUUUUCAUACCACAGGAAGGCAUGCCAUCCUGCUUGGAGGUCAGGGUCAUUCACAUAUUUGUUGGCUGCUAUAAGAUUUUGCAGAGUAUUGACUAUGUAUUGCCAUGAGUCAGCCUUUAGGAGUAUUGAGAACCACCAUAUUGUAAAUAUCUAAGGUCCUGGAAUAGAAGUGGGCAGCCCCAGAUUUUAGUACUCUUAUGUAUGGAAACGUUGGUUAACCUUGGGCCAGUCAGUCUGUAUUCUCCUUAAGCAACAUCAGGCUUUGUGACAACCUAUUUGAUAAAAAAAAACCUAUUUGCUAAACAAAGCAAUAGGGCCUUGUGAAAUACUAUUUGUAAACUGCACUUACAAUGACAGGCAGAUUUUUUUUUGCUUACAAGUCAACAAAUUGUUACCAAAUUCCAAAAUUCAAUAUUACAUAUUUGGCUUCCUCAGCUGAGUUAUUUACAUCAAAACUCAUGAAAGAUUAUGCCUUUUAAUAAAAAAUUGUUAGUCAGAAAAGAUUCUCCCAGUUGUUUGCUGAUUUUCUAUUACCAGAGAGGAACACAGCUCUCUGUCUACAGUAUCAUAUUUCAUAAAUUGCAGCUUCUGAAAUGACUGAGCAUAAAGUGUCAGUGAUGGACCUUCAGGAAAGUUGAAAAAUGUUUUAUUGUCAGAAAGUUGAUUUAAGGAGAACCUUCUGAAUUGUGAGAUAUUUUUUUUUAGCUAGCCUUGCUCAUCAUGAAUAUAUCAGACAACAAAUGUAUUGUGGGUGCCAUAAAGUUGAACUUUGAUAGAUGUUGCCUCAGGUGGAAAGUUAGAACAAGUGAACAUGAAAUAAACCAGAGAUUAUGUCAACACGUGUAUUUCUUUUUGCUCCUUUCCUCUUCAUAGUGCAGAGGCAAAUUAAAGACCAUGUUGUUAUGACCACCUUGCAGCGAGACAGGUGGCAAACUAAUUUUAAAAAGUAAGCAAAAAUAAAUAAAAUAACUAUUAUAGUAUUUGGCCCAUCUGACAAAACAGACUAGAUUUAUUUAGAACCAUACUGACUUCUGUUAUCUUCAACCAAAUCAAAGAUUCCCAAUACUGUAACAAAUAAGCCAAAUAAAUAUACCCUUUCUAAGGUGAUGACUCAAAUGCUGCAAUUGUAAAACCAUCUGUAAUUCAAAUGCCCCAAGUCACUUUUAUUCAGAGUUGUUUUCAGACCACCAGUGGGCACAUUACAAAAUACAGAUAGUCCUUGGUUAAUUAUUGCCCCAUUUAGCAAGCCGUUCAAAGUUAUGACAGCUUAACGGUUGGUCCUUGAUUUUAUCACAGGGCUCUUUGCAAACUUCACAGCUGACCUGAUAAGCAAAAUCAAACCAGCAGUUAAGUCAUGGUUGUGUGAUAGUGUAAACUUAAACCACUAAAGAGGCACUGAGAUCAUAAAUGCAGCAUAGUCAUGUUUAGUCAUAUUAUGUCUGACUUAAUGACCAUAUUGUUUAAUGAAAUAUUUCCAAUUGUGGUCCUUAAGUCAGGUCAACCUGUAUAUCCCAGUGUGAAGAUUUUCUCUCACCCUUACAUCUUUUCAUUUACAUGUAAAUGUAGGAAACGACCCCAAAUGCAACCGCUUGGAGUAUGAGUAAACUACUUCCAUACUGCUGCUAUGAAACAUGGAUGUGUCCAAAGGAGUCUUUGUCUUUCAUACACACACAAACACAAACACACACAGGGAAGUACGAUAAACUGCUUCUUGUUGCAAGAAACAUGGACGUAUCCACCAGAAGUGGAGCUCCGCUCGAAGACGGCUUUGUCUUUCAUACACAUUCACGCACUCACACACAGAACAAAGCAACUCCUUUGACAUGUCUUGUCCACGUAUUCCUGGUUAUUCACGCGCUGCACUCCUCUCACACGUUCGCGUCGCCACAUCUUCCACACCUCCAAGCCACCGCUGCAAAAGCCGAAGGGGAAAAAAGAGCGUUGCAUCGGUCAUAGUCUUCUCUCUCUCUCUACUUGCCCGGCCUGGCUAAGUCAAUAAAUCUCCGGCCUUCGCUUUAAAUAUACAAUACUGUAAAACUACCCCGCUCCUGCAAUUGCAGCCAGAAGCCGGGAAAGGCGGACUUAUCGGCCGCCGCGAGCGCUUCCGCAAGUGGUUUCCGCCUUCUUCGGCGACUUAUGGCCGUCGCCCGCCGAGAUGCAACGCGAGCCCUCCUCGCUUGGGGAGCUAACAGCUAUGGACAGCUUGGCCUUGGUCAUAAAAAUGAUGCGCUCCUGCCUAAGGCUGUGAAGUCAUUUCUCUUUAAUCAGAUUUGUAUCAAAAGCAUUACUGGAGGUGGUGGCCAUUCUGCUGUUCUUACCGACAUUGGAGAGAUCUUUUUCUGUGGCCAGAAUAAAGAUGGACAAUUGGGACUUGGUCAUACUGAGGAUGUGACACAUUUCACCUUAUGUUCUUCUCUUUGUGGCUGUCCUGUCAUACAAGUUGCCUGUGGCUGGGAUUUUACAGUUAUACUUGUUGGAAAAGGCCAAGUAUUCUCCUGUGGUUCUAACUCCUUUGGACAAUUGGGAAUUGCUGAUAUUUCAGGUAGAUGCACUAUUCCAGCAAUGAUUAAGUCUUUACAGGAUAAAAUAAUAAAUAUUGCUGCUGGACUCAGGCACGCUGUUGCUGUGGCUGAAAAUGGUUCUGUAUUUCAAUGGGGAAUUGGAAUGGCAUCACAAGCAAAGCGAAUCUGCCAAGAAAAAAGCAUUCCUUCUUUCUUGAGGGCAAAGGAACCUUGCAAAGUUCCAGGUUUUGAAAAUGUCAAAGUGAGGAGUGUAGCUUCCGGCUCACAUCAUGUUGUGUCACUCACAGAUGAUGGAGAUUUAUAUGUUUGGGGAAACAAUAAGCACAAGCAACUAUUAAGUAAAGACUCUAUUGUUUUGGUACCUGAGAAGAUUGAAGCUCACUAUUUUGAGGGUGAAAAAAUCAGAAGAAUUUGGAGUGGUUGGACACACUUGGUGGUGCAAUCAGAGACAGAGAAAGUCUUCACGUGGGGUAGAAGAGACUAUGGUCAACUUGGAAGAAGUGAGAUGCGAUGUGAAGAAGGACAGAGCGAGGACAGAAAGGAAUCAACAGAGCAUCAUUUGAAAGAGUCAUCUUAUGCUCCUGCUACAGUACCCAGACUCUCUGGUGCAUCUGAGAUUGCAUGUGGUUCAGAGCACAAUCUAGCAAUAGUUGAUGCUAGUUCAAAUGAAGAAGAGCCAGGUCCAGGGACAUCAGGAGCGGGUAUGGAGGAACAUCUGAAGGUUGCCGGAGGCUGCCAGGACAGCAGCGAGACCAAGCACAGCAGAACAGUCGCAGGAGGAGCGAUGGGACGAGUGGCCAGUUGAGCAAUGGACAGGAGAGGUCCAGCUACAGCUGGGAAGCCCAGAGCCUUCGGGAGAGGAGGAAAAUUUGCCUACCCUUCCCAGUCUGAGAAGGGUUAAGAGGAGGCAGGCACAACAAAGUUCAGCCAGGCUAUUUGUGAGUCGGCAUCCUUGCUUCUCUUGAUGGACUACACCAAGGAGCGGCUAUUUACCUCGGCGCUUGGAGUGAAGUGACGCUGGAAACAACAUGUCUGUUUCCUUGCUGUGUGUUCUUCAGCCGCAGUCAUUCUUGCCUCGACUACCAGAUUUUGAUUCUGUACUUUGAAUUUUGGCUCAUGCCUCUUGAACUCUGGACUGCCUUUGCCUUGUGGAUUUGCUUUUGCCCUAUUGACUGGCAUGGGGUUUUCCUUGAAUAGCCUACUGAAUUCUUGGGAUGGGCUGGUGUGGGUGUGAGGAAUUUCUGGGAAGCCUAUUUGGGACUUGGAAGUCUACAAGAUUUCUAACACCCAUGGUGUGUGUGUAUGUGAGCGGGAUAGGAGACCAGGAUUGAAUUUUAUUUUUAUUUAUAGGUGGCAUUUCACUUAAAGCCAUUCAUCUAGGGACUGUUGAAAGUUACAACAGCACUGGGAAAAAAUGACUUAUGGCCGUUUUUCACACUUAUGACCAUUGCA